GCCUUCGACUUCUUCGUACAAGCACCUCCCUCCCUCUCUCUCUGUGUAGAUAACGAAGCAUUCCACUCUUCUUCUUCCUCCCGAAAGAAAUCCCACCGAGCAUUGUGAUCGCGCCGCGUCUCUUCUCGUCAGGUUCGCUCCGUCGGACCCAGCUUUCGCCAAGUGGGCCUCUCGCAAGAGCAACUCCGGUGGAAAGCGACGAGCUUUCUCUUCCUCAUUGCGAUUGUCUGUGGUGCUGGGUUGUUUGUUGGCCUCCCUUUUUUCGGUCGAUUGGGACGUUCAAUCGGCGAAGUUUUGAUUUUUCUUUGUUGGGGUUGUUCAGCUACGCCGAGUGAUUGGCGCUUGUGUUUGUUUCCACUGGAUGAAGACGUGAAGGGAUGAUCUUGAGGAGCUAUAUGUCUAUGCUGGUGGUUUCAAUCGGUGCAUUUGUUUGAUUUUUCAUGCUGAUCCAGCAUCGUGUAAUUACCGCCUCAGCUAGUUGAUUAUCCCUAAUUUAUAGUUGGCAUUGAUAUAUGGAGGCUUCUCAAUCUCCAGGCUUUUUCAUGUUGGGGGUAUUUCAAUAGUUAAGUAUUGCAUUGUCUUAUUUCAUUGUAAUGGUCACAUUUAUCGGUUGUUCCCAAGGCAGGGAAUGAGAAGCAAGUCACUCUCUUUAAUGGGUGAUUUACGUAUCUAUUCCUCCAGAGAAAGAGGGUUUUGGCUCUGAGGGUGGAAAAGCUCUCUUUUUUCCUUCUGAUUCAUGGAAAUAUUUGAGUCUAAUAACUUCUUGGUGAGGACUGAGGCGAAAAGGAGAAUCAGUUUGGUUGAAUUUGGGUAGCUUCGUUUCUCUGCGGCAGGGAAAGCCCGAAAUGGACUUCUGGGUAUUUGUAGCCGCAGCUGGGGCCGGAUGCUUGACAAAGUAUUUGAAGAACACUUCGAAUGAUAGGGAAAUGCCAUCAGACCUUUGUUCCAGCCACAGGGACCCUGAAUCUCAGAACUCUCUCUUUCGCGGAUUGGCACAGAGAAAGAAAUUAGCUAGGGAUGCUUCUAAUUCUGUGGAAAGGUUGGAAUUUGUGAGCAGAGAGAGUUUAGAUGCUUCUUCUGCUGCGGAAGAGGCUUCCAGAUCGAGGGUAUACGAUCCAAAAAGUAAGGGAAAUUCAGAGGAGUGCAGUGUACUCUCUAUAUCAACUUUGCCUACUGAGAUGUCCAGUAGUAGGACCUAUACAAGGAAUGAGAAUGAGAGUGAUGCUGGUUGUAGUGCCUGUAGUGGCUCAAAUGAUAUUUUGGCUGCACCAUUAGAAGGAGAUAUCGUUACUUAUUGUGGCUUUGCUAAGAAUAAGAACCUCCAUAGAAGUAGAUACACGCAUGGGCGAUUUGUUAAGCCAUUGAGUUCCUUGGAAAGUUGCCUCAUGGCUCAGUUAUACAACCAUCACGCUGAAAUGGAAGAUUAUUGGCAUAGUUCCCCUCAGUCACCAACCUGUCUCACCGUAAGGCCAUUGCUGGUCACUGAUGGGAGCCGCAUCAUCAGCCGACUCAGUGAUGGUUUUUCUGGAGCACAGUCUGCAAUUGAGGUAGAUAAGUUACUGAAGAAAGCCAAUUCAGAAAAGAACAGAAGCGUGGUUGGUGUGCCCCCGCUGCCAAAACUCACCUGUUCGCAUUUCAGGAAGCAAAUGCAAAGUAAAUCAGGGAAAGACAAGAGGUUGGGAGGCUCUAUCAGAAUGUUUACUGGGAAAAGACUUCCUUCCGAACAUGGGUCAUUGCAUGGGACCAUUCUCUUCUGUCUUGGAAUUUCUUUUGGAACCAUGUCUUCCAUUAUAGCCAAUCAAAAGGAAGUAGACAAAUUGAAGGAGUUGUUGAAGCAAACAGAGAACUUGGUUCAGGACCUACAGGAGGAACUUGAGAUGAAAGAUUCAGUUACUGUGAAGGAACUAGCCAGUGAGAAUUAUGAAUCUCAGGAUACACAUAAUGGCUCCUUACGAGACACUGCUCCAACCCCAUUUUCCCUUGAACACUCCGUGAUCGAUCGAAGAGUUUUUACUAAAGAAUCAUAUAGUCCUAAGGUAGGAGAGACUCCAGAUAGUAUGAGUAAAAUUGAAGCUGAGCUUGAAGCUGAACUUGAGAGGCUGGGGCUGAACAUGAACGCAUCUAGAUUGGGAAGGAGAUUGUCCAGUGCUGAGCCUGAGGACUUGGGGGCGGAUUUUGCCCAAGGUGAGUUGAGAACUGAUGUUGAUGGUGCACAACCGAUUGCAGAAGAGGAUGCAAAUGAAUCAAGCGGCACCUCUACAACUCACUCCGCAAACUAUGCAGUUUCACCAACAGAGCUGACCCUCCGCUUGCAUGAAGUUAUCCAGUCGAGACUUGAAAAACGCAUUCAAGAGCUUGAGUUAGCCCUAGAGAACAGCCAGAGGAAGGUACGAGUCAUGGAAUCGGCGCAGAGAAGUUACAGAAGCCGGAAGUUUAUCAACGACCAACUAGCUUCCUCUUUCCAUGGUACUCCUGUACAUGGAGAGUGCGAUGCUGUGGCACAGCCCCAGCCUCUUAUCAUGAACCUAGCUGGGGAAGCUCUCAGUGCUUAUGAUGAGGCUUACGAAGAAUUAAUGAAGUUUGAGUCGUCUGAAGAGGAUUCGCCAACGGUCCUCUAUGAGAUCAAGCAUCAAGAGCUCUCUAAGAUUAUAAAGCAGGACGAGCCUCGGGGUCAAAAUGCCGAGGAGGAGAAUGGGUUCUGUCAAAAGCUUACGCUAGAUGGACAGGACAAAUCUGUGGGAACUCUCUCUCGCGAAGCAAAGGAAACGAAUGGGCAAUUUUCACGGUACCAGGAAAUCGACAGUUUUGGGAUGGUGGGAGAUGAAAGCAGCGACGCCGACGAUGAGAGAGAGAAGCUAUUGAUAAGACAGAUAGUGGAAAGGACGAAGAAAGGCUCCCCAGUCGUUCUGAAGGCGCAAACACUGUUGUUUUCUGGUGACAGUGAUGACUAAUGAAGCAAAGUUGCUUUUCGUAGUGCAUAGCAAAUUAGCAAAUCGAUCAUCUGUAGGGAUAGCAAAUUGUCAUGCAGCAACUCUUGAGUUUAAUUCAUCCUGUCCUCUUGAUUCUUUCUUGAA